AUGAGGCCUUCGCAGUUGUUUGCCGCCGUUUUGGCCAUGUCGUCGGUCGCGACUGCCAUGCCAGACGCCUUUGGCAACCUUCACGGUCUGGGAGCCGUCAAGAACCUGUUGUUCGGGCGACAAAAUGACAACUCGCAAUCUACUUCCGCCACGGCCCGAACCACAGCCAGCUCAGGCCAGGCUGAAAGCACAAACGCCGCCAGCGCAACAGAAAGCAGAAACAACGACGACGAUGCUUCCACAACUGCAAAGUCGACGGGCUCUGGGAAAGCCUCAACCACAGGCACAGCCACUCGCGUGACCACUACCCGCAAGGGGAACUCGACCAGCUUCGACGCGCGACUGCCCGCCGGAGGUCUCACCAUGGUGACGCCCGGCGCCCUCGCAGGUUCGCAGUUCUACAAAGUCGGCGACUGGGUGACGUUUGCUUGGAACUACACAUCACUUUCCGUCACCCCGGCCCAUCUCGACAUCCUCGCCACAUGCACGGCCAACCAGGCGACCUACACCAUCGCCGUGAACCAGUCGGCGCAAGAGACAUCAGUGCUCUGGAACACGGGCGAUGUACCGGAUGGCCAGGCUCCCUUCCUCACUGAGAAGUACACGCUUCUGAUCUACGAUGCCCAGUCGAGUGUGACUGCUGCUGCCAAGGCGGGUUAUCUGGCUCCUUUCAGCGCAUUGUCGUUUGGCAUGUACACACCGCAGCCCUAUGUACCAUUUGAUGAAUUCGAUUGCGUGAACUGCAACGCUGCUUUCUCGCCCUUCGAGAACUUGACCCUCAAGGCUAUGAUGAUCACAUCUGGCACCACACUCGCCUCGCUUCUCUACUUCACCUACAACUUCGGUCUGUGGUAG